UUGAGAAGUCGGCGAAGCACUGAUGAUGAUUACCGAGAGGAAGAUAGCGGUGAUCCAAAUGCCUGUAAAGAUGAUGCAUAUAUUGUUGAUAAAAUUUUAGAUGGCUAUGACCGAAAUAAGCUUCCAGGGGGUACAAGUGUGCAAGUUUUCGUUGAGAUUUGGGUUCAAGAGGUAACAAAAAUCAUUGAAAUAACGAGUGAGUUUGAAUUGGAUAUUUAUGUUACUGAACUUUGGCGUGAUCCUUCGCUUGCAUACGAUCACCAUAAUCCGUGUAAAAAAAAUAUGUCUGUAGAUGGUUUUAAAUUGUUACCGCAAAUAUGGAAUCCUCAAGCGUGUUUUGUAAACAGUAAAGAUGCUUCAAUACAUCGUAGUCCAUUUACAAACAUCUUUUUGAUGAUCUAUAGCAAUGGUACCGUGUGGCAUAAUUAUCGCAUUAAAUUGACGGGUCCCUGUUCGAAUGCCUUACGAACAUUUCCCAUAGACCAACAAAAGUGUAUGCUGUUCUAUGAAUCUUUCAAUCAUAAUUAUGCUCAGGUUGCCAUGGAAUGGACGAAUACCGCACCACCUAUUACCAUACUAAAGCAAAACAUCACCUUACCUGACUAUGUGCUUGUUGAUUUCAAAGCUACAAGUGUUUCAAGGUUGUAUCCGCCAGGAAUAUGGAACGAAUUAGUGGCAACUUUCACUUUUCAGCGUCUUUAUGGUUUUUAUAUACUCCAGGUUUACUUGCCAGCUUAUAUAUCGGUCUUUAUGUCAUGGGUUUCUUUUUACCUCGGACCAACAAGUAUUCCUUCUCGGACAACUGUUGGGGUCAAUUCACUUCUUGCCUUAACUUAUCAGUUCGGCUCGGUGGUGAGUAAUCUGCCAAAAACAAGUGAUGUUAAAGCGAUAGAUGUAUGGAUUUUGAGUUCAAUGGCAUUCAUCUUUGCAUCGUUAAUUGAACUUGCUAUUGUCGGUUACAUGACCAGAAAUGCUGCUCAUAUUGCUUUUGAAUGUCGGUGUUCAAUCUUUUGUCUUAAGUGUCCUAUUUGGACGGCUCGUCGGCUGGAUAAGGCUUCAUCAAUAAUUUUUCCAUCAUGUUUUUUUGUCUUCAACAUCUGGUAUUGGUUCUUCUUCCUCGGGUAA